AUGAAUGUGAAUGUAGCCAAAUUUUUUGAACAGAUAGAUAACAUAAUACAGAAUUACAAAUACAGUGAUGGUGACAAAGCUUACGCUAUUACAUCCAAGUGGUAUAAUGCGUUUGCAAUAGCUGCAAAAACAAAGGAUAACAAUUUUUCCAAGAAAAUCAUCAAUGAUAUUACAGAUUCAAAUUGGAGAAUCGAUCCUAGAUUAACACCAAAAUACGAUUACGUAAUUGUUCCGCAAAAAGCUUGGAAUAAAAUAAAAAAUACUUACAAAUUUUCUAAAGAAGUUGAAAUUCCAGUAUUUUACAACUCAGAACUUUCAGAAUAUGUUCCAUGCAUUCACCCCAAAGAAAUAUCAAUCUAUUAUUCUCAAACUUUUGCAACUUUAAUAUUAAGCGAAGAAAAUACAAUAAAACAAGUUUUAGAGCAAUCCAAAAAGUGCUUCAACAUCAAUAAUAACAAUUACCAUCUCUACAACUUCAGUUUAAAGAAUUUUCCAACUUUAUUAUCUAAUGAAGAACAAAAACUAAAAGAUUUAACUUCAAACUACUCAAUAGACCUACUACUAUCCGAAAAACCAUACCAUGUAUUCCUAGCAGUUAUUUCUCGUGGAAUUUGCGGCUUAGAAAACGUUGGACAAACUUGUUACAUAAAUGCCAUAAUUCAAUGUUUAUCUCAUUGCAAAUUGAUCACAGAUUACUUCUUAUCAAACGAUAUAAACAAAUACAUGAAUGGCAAGGAAGAAUAUGUAAAGUUAACCCAAGAAUUCAUUAAAAUUCUGAAAAUGAUGAUAAAUAAUCGAAAUUCUUUUAUUCCAAUGAAAGAAUUCAAAGAAUCUCUUAGUAAUGCAAACCAUGCUUUUAAAGAUACAACACAACAAGACGCGGGAGAGUUCUUUACUUCCCUUUUGUCGAUGAUUUCAGCUGCAAUCAUGAGACCGAAGGAUCAGAGGGAGCCAAUUGGAGAUAAAGAGUUACCAGAUAAAGCAAAGGAAAUAGUAGAAAAGGAAAUUGAUAACUCAUUCCUUGGAGAUAUUUUUUAUGGAUUAUUAAAUAAUAAAACAACAUGUCCAAAAUGCAACCAUGUAACAGAAAAUUAUGCUUCUUUCUCGUUGUUGCCUUUACGUUUGCCAAGUUCUGAAUUAAAAAUGGAAGUAGUUUUUUAUUCAAUAGGAAUGAAAAAGAAAGAGAUCUAUUACCUUCAGAAACAACCAGGAAAGGAUUUCACGGUAAAAUCUCUUCUUAAAGAUUUGAAAUCGAGUUUCAAUUUCCCAGAUCUUGAUAGAUACCAAUUGGUAGGUAUCAAGGAACUUUCAGACAGGAACAGAAAAUACCACCAAUAUGAAUUAAUUACUCAAUCUAAUUUACCACGAGAAAAAUUGAAUAAUAGAGAUUUUAUUUACAUUUAUGACGUAUCAAAUAUCGAACCUAAGUACAAUAUUACAAUUGCUGAGAUAGAUGGCUUGGAUCCAAUAGUUUUGUUUUAUGAUCCUAACCAAAUAAUGGAAAAUUCACGGGAUCUUCCACCUAAUGUCCAAGAAUCAAUUAAAAACCAACUUAAAACAAUUUUAGGAGUAGAGAAUGUUACAAUUCCGAAUUUUUCGAAAUUAAAUAAAAUAAUUAUAAAAAUUUAUCCAAAUAUAUACCCUACAGAUCAAGAUCUCAGUAAUUUCAAGCAUGAAGAAAUGGCCUUAACAUUAGAAAACUGCCUGAAAUUGUACUCAACAACAGUAUUAUUAGAUGAUAAGAAUUUAUGGGACUGUCCGAAUUGCUGCAGGCAAGUUCAAGCUACUAGAAACUCUUUUAUAUACCAAUCACCUAAGAUUUUAGCAUUUUACUUAUCAAGAUGGGGUUUUAGUAUUCAGAAAAAUGCUUAUGAGAAAGACACACGAGAAGUAACAUUCCCUGAUACCAUUGAACUCAGUAAAUUUAUGAUUUCGAAUACAAAGAAAAGAAAUUAUGAAUUAUUUGGUGUUGUUAACCAUGGAGGUUCAAUGAGUGGUGGCCACUACACAGCAGGUGUAAAAAUAGAUGGAACGGCAUACUUGUUUAAUGACAAAAUUGUUACUGAAUGCCAAUUAUCAGAUUUGCAUUCAGCUAACGCUUAUAUUUUGUUUUACAAAUUAGUUGACUAG